AUGCGCUUCUCUACUCUCGCUUUCAUCUUCGCCUCCCUGGUCAGCACUGUUGCUGCCAGCCCACUCAAGAUCGCUCCUCCUGUACUUGGUGUUGACCAAUGCGGUGGUGACUAUUACGAUGGUUCACGAACCUGCCCUGAAGGGCUCCGCUGCCAGCGGUUCACUCGACUCUUCCACGGAUGCGUUCCCGUUCAAGAAGAGGAUCCCAUCAUGUCCAUACUCCCUCAUCCCGCCAUUCCGGUGGAGGAGCCGGCUUUCUCUAUCCUCCCUCACCCAGCCAUUCCUGGACCCGAGGAGCCUACUUUUUCUAUCCUCCCCCACCCUUAA